UUGUGUUUAUUUGGAAUGGCGUGGAUACAGCCGUUCACUGCGUCCCUGCACACAGAACAUAUCAGGGUAAAAACUGACCAUGUGUUACAGGUAAUUGAUGAUAUGUUUGUUGGCGUCACCAUCGACAGCGGUCAACUGAAGUACAAUCUGAAGUAUCACAACGUCAGCUCUCCCAAACUUGUGACUCUUGGAAUAGCUUUAGCACCUGGGUAUCUGAGAGUCGGAGGCACAUCAGGGGACUUCAUGGUGUUUAACCCGACUCACAACAUAGCUACUGGCCAACAGUUUCAACUCCAAGCAAACACCUGGGAUGAGUUCAACAAGUUUGUUCACAAGACCGGACUGAAAUUAGUGCUUGGUCUCAAUCUGAUGCUCCGCGAUGGAACAAAGUGGAACCCAUCAAACGCUAAGCAGUUGCUUAAAUAUUCCUCUGACAAAGGAUACACUUUUGCAGGGAUUGAACUGGGAAAUGAACCGAACUUGUUAUACCGAAAUUGGAAUACUACUGUCAGUGAUGUUCAGCUGGGAAGCGACUUACAAGGAGUUGAAGCAAGUUCUCCAAGGAACGGCCUAUAAGUCCAGUCUCAUCCUUGGACCUGACAUAGCUGGUUAUAA